ACCCUGAUCCCGACAGCUUCACCGCCUCCUCUUCCUCCUCUUCCUCUUCCUCCUCCUCCUCGGCACCAUGCCGUGCUGCCGUGUUCUCGGUCUGUGUCAGUAUGAAACCAGCAAGCUGGUCCGGAUCCAGAGCGUCCGGCUCGGGUCUCUGAAGUGGAGCCUUAACGGAGCCAUUCUGCUGGUGAUCUGCGUCAUGAUGCUGUGGAACAGGAAGUACCAGGAGUUUGACCCGGUCGUGAGCUCGGUCACAACCAAGGUGAAGGGUGUGGCCCGGGCGCUCCUGCCCGGGGUCGGGGACGUGGUCUGGGACGUAGUGGACUACAGCGGAGCCUCUCAGAACAAAAACUCUUUCUUCGUGGUGACAAAUGUUAUCGUGACAAAGAACCAGAAGCAGGGGAAAUGCCCAGAGGUUCCCAGAAAUGGCCGGAUGUGUAAGACUGAUAGAGACUGUGAGAGAGGAGCCUCGGACCAACAGAGCCACGGGAUUCAAACAGGAUCGUGUGUGAAGUUUGACGUGUUGAAGAAAACCUGUGAGGUGUCCGCCUGGUGCCCGAUAGAAACCAAGACCACUCCUCCGAGACCUGCUCUUCUGGCAGCAGCUGAGAACUUCACCGUCCUCGUUAAGAACAACAUCAGAUUCCCUGCGUUCAACUUCAUCCGGAGGAACAUCCUCCCUCAGAUGAACGACGCCUACCUGAGGAGCUGCCAGAGGAAGAACGACUCGCUGUGUCCCAUCUUCAGGUUGGGAGACAUGGUUCGAGAGGCGGGGGAGAAGUUCUCUGACAUGGCCGUAGAGGGUGGCGUCAUCGGCAUGCAGAUCAAGUGGGAGUGUAACCUGGACUGGCUGACACGGCGCUGCCUGCCCAGAUACUCCUUCAGACGCCUGGAUGAGAAGGAGAGCAACAAGACGCUGUACCCCGGCCUCAACUUCAGAUUCGCUAAGUACAUCACAGUGAGUGGAGUGGAGGAGAGGACGCUCUACAAGGCUUUCGGCAUCAGGUUUGACGUCAUGGUGUUCGGACAGGCGGGAAGAUUCAGCUACAUUCAGCUCAUCAUCUACAUCGGAUCAACGCUGUCGUACUACGCUCUGACCACCGUGUUUCUCGACUGGCUGAUUGGAACCAGCUGUUACUCUGCAGAGGUCGGACACAACUACUCCCAGAGGAAAGUGGAGUCGGUCCAAGACCAACAGAAGUGCGUCCUCAGUGUGUCACACGUGGACGAGAACAACAUUCGACUGGUGAAGAAAUCCCUGAAGAAAAGUUUACAGGACGUCAAACCAGUGUCUGUUCUGCCACGUCAGGAGGAUACAGGACACCUGAGAGCCGUCCUCUGUCUGUUACAGCCGGAUGUCCACAUGAAUCACGACGCUCGUCCUCCCCCCGACCCGGAAGCCGACCCCAAGCCCAAAGCCCCCCGUCCGGCCUGGUGUCGGUGUAACUGCUGCGCUCCCUCCUCUCUCCCCCAGGAGGAGCUGUGCUGCAGGCGGAGCGACGGCGCCUGCAUCACCUCUUCCCCUCUGUUCAAGCAGCUGGUGCUCCAUCGCCCCCUGUUGGAGGCUGUCCUACUAUACAGGGACCCCUUGUCUCCACCUGCGGACGGAGGCCUCACCUCGCCCCUGCGUCACUGCGCGUACGAACAGUACAUCAGCUGGAGAUUUGGGCUCCCACCUCCCGACGCCCACCCUGCCAUCCCCUCCUGCUGCGUGCGGAGGGUCCGGGAGUCGUACCCGAGCCCGGACGGACGGUACAGGGGCUUCACACCUGCCAGGACGGUGUCCCUGCAGGGCUGUGCUGACGGACACUUGGAGUCUUCCCAUCUUACAGGGCUGACAUGUUAGACCUGCUUGUCAAUGCCAAGGGAAAUGCAUUAACUUCACUAACCUGACUGGAAGAGGAAAAGCCUCAGAGUCAAUAAAUCUCUGCAUUUUCUAAAAUCAUCUGUCAUUUGGCUGCUCGGUAAAAACAUGUAUGAAGGAUAUUCUUUUUCCCCCUUUCACUGUUUAAGCAGCGUUUGCCUUUAAGGGACAGAAACCUCUUCUUUAUAAUCACAGACCUGCUCAGAAGACGUCUCCCGACAGGAAUGGUUUUUGCUUCAGUGUGACACAGAAAAAGGCAAAAUUACUGUUUUACAAUUUUGCUUUUGUACAAAUUAAACAACUGACAUAUUAACUUUAAAGCCACUGACAGGUUGGUUUCUUACUCACAGCC